AUGACUUCUGUUUACUCAAAUUUUUUGCGUAAUAAUUUUGUAAAGGCAUUUGCUGCAGGUUCUGCUGGUGUUGGUGCUGUAUGGUAUUUAAAUCAAGAUGGAAAAAUCAAUAAGGGAAGUUCUAAGUCAUUAAGUGGUGGAAGUGUUGAUCCAUCAGUUUUAAAAAAAUUAGAAGAAGCUUAUUCUAAAUUAAAUGGACCCGAAGGAAAGGAAUGUAAAUCACUUUUAAAAAAACAUUUAACAAGAGAUACUUUUGACAAUCUUAAGAAUAAAAUAACACCUCUUGGUGGUACACUUCUUGAUGUUAUCCAAUCUGGUGUUGCAAAUCUUGAUUCCAGUGUAGGUGUUUAUGCUCCAGAUCCUGAAGCUUACAAUACUUUUGCUGAACUUUUUGAUAAAAUUAUUAAAGAUUAUCAUGGUGUUGAUCCAAACAAGAAAAAACAACCUCCAGUUGAUAUGAAUUUAGAAAAGUGCAAACAUUUUAAGCCAUUAGAUCCCCAAGGAAAAUAUGUAAUUUCAACAAGAAUCCGAUGUGGUAGAACUCUUAACAAUUUCCCAUUUAAUCCACUUUUAACUGAAGCUAACUACAAGGAAAUGGAAGAAAAAGUACGUAGUUCAUUGGAAUCUGUCCAAGAUCCUGAACUUAAAGGUACAUACUACCCACUCACUGGAAUGACUAAAAAAGUACAAACUCAAUUGAUUAAAGAUCAUUUCUUAUUUAAAGAAGGUGAUCGUUUCCUUCAACAUGCCAAUGCCUGUCGUUUCUGGCCAACAGGACGUGGUAUAUUCCAUAAUUCUGGAAAAACAUUCCUCGUUUGGGUUAAUGAAGAAGAUCAUCUUCGUUUAAUUUCUAUGGAAAAAGGUUCAGAUGUUGGAGCUGUCUUUAGUCGUUUAAUUAGAGGUGUUCAGGCAAUUGAAAAAGUUGUUCCAUUUAAACGAGAUGAAAGACUUGGACAACUUCUUUUCUGUCCAACAAACAUUGGAUGUUCUGUUAGAGCUUCUGUUCAUAUCAAAUUACCAAAAGUUUCAGCUAGAAAAGACUUUAAACAAAUUUGUGAAAAACUUAAUCUCCAAAUUAGAGGAAUUGAUGGAGAACAUUCAGAAAGCAAAGGUGGUGUUUAUGACAUUUCAAACAAAGCUCGCCUUGGAAUUUCUGAGUAUGAAGCUGUCAAACAAAUGUAUGAUGGAGUCAAAAAAUUAAUUGAGAUGGAAGAAGCUGAAAAAUAA